UCUCUCUCUCUCUCUCUAUAGCUCUCCCCUCUCGCGCCAUGCCCUCGUCGCUGUUCGCGGCGACCCCCGCGCCCACCUCGCUCCUCCCCGCGGCGGCGGCGGCGACCCGCCGCCUCCGCUGCCUCUCCGUGCGCAGCUGCGUCGCAUUGGCCGCGGCGGAGGAGGCGGCGCUCCUCCGGCGAGCGGCGGAGGUGGCGGACCGCUCGGCGGGGCUUACCUCGCCGCACCCUAACUUCGGGUGCGUCAUCGCUCGGAGCGACCUCGCCCAUGGCCGGGGAAUGGUGGCGGUGGUGGGGGAGGGGUUUUUGUACGCGCAGGGGACGAAGUGCGCGGAGCUCCAAGCGGCGGAGGAGGCGGGAGAGCUCGCGCGCGGCGGCGUCGCCUACCUCAACCUGGAGCCCGGGGACUGCUACGGGGAUCACACCGCUGUAUCCUCCCUCGUCCAGGCAGGAAUUUCAAGAGUUGUCGUGGGUCUCAGACAGCCGCUGCCGCACUUGCGAGGGAAGGCGAUACAAGCCCUAAGAAGUGAAGGCAUUCAAGUUGAUGUCGUUGGAGAGGAGUUGCAGAGUAAAAUAUUCGAGGAAGCUUUAAAGUCCUGCCUGUCAGUAAAUGCUCCAUUACUCUAUAGAGCUGCCUUUCGUGUUCCAUUCUCUGUUCUCAAGUAUGCUAUGACCUUAGAUGGAAAAAUUGCAGCUAGUAGUGGCCAUGCUUCUUGGGUAAGCAGCAAACUAUCCAGAAGUCGAGUAUUUGAGUUGCGUGGCAGAAGUGACGCCAUUGUUGUAGGUGGAAAUACCGUACGGCGUGAUGAUCCUCGGCUAACUGCAAGACAUGGAGGGCACCACGUUCCUGCGCGUAUUGUGAUGUCGCAAACUCUUGACCUUCCCGAGGAAGCGAAUCUCUGGAACGUCUUCGAAGCAUACACUAUAGUCGCCACACAAAGGGGUGCUAGGAAAGACAUGCAGAAGAAGCUUGCGGCUAAAGGCGUCGAGGUGGUGGAGUUUGACAUACUAAAUCCUAGGGAUGUGAUGUCGUAUUGCUAUGAUCGUGGCUACCUUUCUAUACUGUGGGAGUGUGGUGGGUCCCUUGCUGCGCCGGCCAUCUCUUCUGGUGUAAUUCACAAGGUUUUUGCAUUUGUUGCUCCAAAGAUCAUUGGAGGAGUAAAUGCUCCGUCGCCAGUUGGUGAAUUAGGGAUGGUUCAAAUGUCACAAGCGCUUGAUCUAAUUGACGUUUCAUAUGAACAGAUUGGACCAGACAUGCUGAUCAGUGGAUAUCUUCAGCCUAUUCCGGAUUUAUCACCUGUGAUUCCAUCAGCUGAUGAGACUUCGUCUGUCGAUCCGACAGUUUCUCCGUACGAUACAAAUAUCAUAUCGUUCUAUAAGACAUGGGAUCCAUAUGGAGCCUUCUCAAACUUCUCUCCUCAUCCUAUUGAAAUGCCCGAUGAAAAUGGAGAUUAUGUUACUUGGCGAAGCGUCGAGCACUAUUAUCAGGCGCACAAAUUUAUGGGAGUCGAUAGUCCCGUGGCCGCAGAGUUUGUUGAACAAAUACAGUUAGCAAAAAGCCCCGAGGAAGCGGCACGAACGGGACGGAAAUUGCAAAGAGAGCACCCUGAACUGGUUCGACCCGACUGGGAAUCAACGAAGAUCGAUGUCAUGUACAGAGCUCUCAAAUGCAAGUUCGCGACGUACCCGCAUUUACAAACCAUGCUUCUUUCUACAGCAGGCUCCGUUCUUGUCGAGGCGUCGCCCCACGACCUCUUCUGGGGCGGAGGCCGGGACGGCGAAGGACUCAAUUAUCUGGGCCGGCUUCUGAUGCAGUUAAGGUCUGAGAUUUUGGAAGAGGCCUCGAAAGUGAGCGUAGAUGAGUCGGCGUAGUUCACAAAAUACCGAAAAAAAAAAAGAAAAAAAAUGGGGGAAAAAUGUAGAAGUAAACUGAGAUAUCCUAUGAGGUAGUACAUUAUCAGGGAGUUGAAAAGCGCAGGGGUUCAAUGUGCUUGUGAUUGUUUAGUCGUCGGAAUUGUCUCAAAAUCCGUGUAGUACUAGUAAAGAGGGCUUAAUAUGAUACACUGUUAGUAAUACUGAAUGAAUUUUGAGACAAUCCGACGGUUAAAAAAUUAUAGGCCAGUAUGAGGGUAAAUGUGUAACAAAUAUGUAAUUUAUUAUAU